GGCCCGUGGGGCUGGCCCUGCCCCGCUGAGCUUCCCGGGAUGAGGACUCCCGGUGUGGUCACCGGGCGCGCCCCAGGUCGCUGAGGGACCCCGGCCAGGCGCGGAGAUGGGGGUGCACGAAUGUCCUGCCUGGCUGUGGCUUCUCCUGUCCCUGCUGUCACUCCCUCUGGGCCUCCCAGUCCCGGGCGCCCAACCACGCCUCAUCUGUGACAGCCGAGUCCUGGAGAGGUACCUCUUGGAGGCCAAGGAGGCCGAGAAUGUCACGAUGGGCUAUUCGGAAAGCUGCAGCUUGAAUGAGAAUAUCACCGUCCCAGACACCAAAGUUAACUUCUAUGCCUGGAAGAGGAUGGAGGUCGGGCAGCAGGCCCUAGAAGUCUGGCAGGGCUUGGCCCUGCUCUCAGAAGCUGUCCUGCAGGGCCAGGCCGUGUUGGCCAACUCUUCCCAGCCUUGCAAGCACCUGCAGCUGCACGUGGAUAAAGCCAUCAGCGGCCUUCGCAGCAUCACCACUCUGCUUCGGGCGCUGGGAGCCCAGCAGGAAGCCAUCUCCCUUCCAGAUGCAGCCUCGGCUGCUCCACUCCGAACAAUCACUGCUGACACUUUCUGCAAACUCUUCCGAGUCUACUCCAAUUUCCUCCGGGGAAAGCUGAAGCUGUACACGGGGGAGGCCUGCAGGAGAGGGGACAGAUGACCAGGUGCGUCCAGCUGGGCACAUCCACCACCUCCCUCACCAACAUUGCCUGUGCCACACCCUCCCUCACCACUCCUGAACCCCAUC